GACGUGGCGGCGAACGUUCGCGAAGGCGCCGGGGAGAGUUCUGGAAGGGUUCGCCCAUCCCCCCAUUCAGCUUCCCGAGCUUAUUUUAUUGCCGGUGCCCAGUGCGCUGACGCUUUUGGCCGACCCCGUGGGGUGACGCGUGGGACCAGCCGCAGCAGCCGGGGGGCGCGGGAGAGAGGAAGAGGAAGAGGAGAGUGGAGACGCUGACGCUGGUUGGCUGCGCCGUCGCGCGAGCGUGCGCGCGCGGAUUGGCCGAGAUAUUUGUGACGCAUCUGUUGUGAUGUGACGACGCAGGCGCAGGGCAAGUGGGGCCUGGCCUUGUCUGAAAAGGAAAGGGGAUUCGAUCCAGCAUGCAGGGCAGGGCUGGGGCUGUAUGGCGUUGAUUGCUGCUGGAAGAACACAGGGCUGCAAUGGCAGUCGCAGUACUCCGGCCUCCGGCGCCAUCGCCUUGGCGAUGCUCCGGCGUGAGCUCCUCGCCGCGCGCAUCCCUCCUGGACACGGCCUCCAAGCAAACGUUUCCUGUUCCAUUACCAGUUGACCGGGUUGCAAGAUUUUCCUUAUCUGGAAAGCCUUCUGCAUCUCGGCAUGUCCAGUCAAUGACUGAUCGCACCAGUUUUAGAAGUGAUGGCAUCCAUGCAGCCAAUGAACAUGCACAUGAUCUCAUGAGGUCCAUAUCUGAUCUUCAGGUGUGAUGGGCUCCUUGCAAGACAGAGAGGGGGGCUUUGCACGGCUGAAUCAGUCACGUCAGAUAAAUGCUGCACUGAGAAGACAAGCCAAGUUUGAAUCUUAUGCUCCUGCUUUGAGCUAUGCCCCAGUUGGUAGUAAGAAACCAGAAUCAGAAGUUAUUGUUGAUCCUCAGAAAGAGCGCCAGAUUGCAUAUCUGAGGACUGGGAAGAACUACCUGAGAAACCAAACUCCUGACAAAGCAUUUCCUGAGUUUAAGGCAGCACUUGAUCUUGCACAAGCAUUAGGUGAUCAUGUUGAAGAGAAGAAAGCAGCACGAGGAUUAGGAGCAUCGUUGCAGAGACAAGGCAAGGACAAGGAAGCCAUUAAGUAUAACUCCAUGGUCCUAAACAUCUCUAAGAUGACCCGAGAGGAUGCGGGUGUCACUGAAGCAUAUGGAGCAAUAGCAGACUGCUACACCGAGCUUGGUGAGCUUGAGAAGACUGGCAAGUUCUACGACAAAUACAUUGCAAGGUUGGAGAGUGACUGAAAAUAGUGAAACUUAAAGCUGGGUCGUCCCUGAAGUGUUUUAUAGCAGUGCCUCCAUUUGAAAUUUAAAUACUUAUUAUAUCAUUAGCACAAGUCUUUGACCAACGAGAAAUAUAUAAUUUUGUGAUACAAAUUUAAUAUUGAUGAUUCAUAUUCAAAAUAAUUCCUUAUAACAAUGAUCCUGCAUUACAAAAAUGUGGUACCAAUGGAGAAAUCAUUGGUCAAAACCAUGUCCUAGCAACCUAAACGAUCCGUGUAAAAGAAGCGGAGGGAGUAUCCACCAUGCAGAUGCUCCUUCUGAAUAAUUAUG